UGUCUCUCUCUCUCUCUCUCUCUCUCUCUCUCUCUCUCCUCUCUCCUCUCUCUCUCCCUCUCUCUCUCCUCUCUCUCAAUAUAUCACCUUUCCUCUUCCUAUCACUAUCAUGCUUGCCACACAGUGUCUCGGCCGAAAACAGUCCUGACUUUGGAACGGUUUCCUGAAUCUCGUAUUAAUAUGUUAAAAUGUUCCAGCAGGAGAUGUAUUUCACAAAUAUAAACAACAAAACGGGGCAAACCGAAACAAGACGUCAGUUAUUUGCCAAGAGCUAACAUUUUAUAACCACACAACAAACGCAUAUGGACGGAAGAAAGGCAGGAAGAAAAUUCAUAAAUGUAUAGGAAGAUACGACUUGGAUGGAGAAAUGAGUCAAAUAGACAGAAAGAUACAAAUUGAAAGUUAUUGGACGACGACCAAGUUGGCGAACCAUAUCCAAUCGUUUUAUUCGAUCAUAUAGACCCAAAUUGCUUCUCUCAGUCUGACCGGCUUCGCUUUGUUUUCACAAGUACUUCACAAACAGAAAGCAUAAGAACUGUACGCAAAAUUUACCACCUGCGCACUGAAGAUGGAGAAUGUUUAUAUGAGCAAAAUGGAUUUCAAUAUUUCUAAGACAAAUGAUUAUUCCUUCACCAGAAAAGUUCCAAAGCUAUCAGAAAAUAUUGAGUCUGAAUGGUCUUCUUUGGAGUUGGUAGAUAUGUUAGAUGCUUACUAUAAACCCACAUUUUCAUCCCUCGGUUUGUUGCUCAAUUCGAUUUCGGUAACAGUUUUUCUCAACACAGAACUCAAUAAGUUGUCCGUAAGUCACUAUCUUAUUGCUAUAGGGAUUAUGGAUAACUUUUACCUUUUUACCGUAAUCAUACCAUGGCUUUCCAAAUAUGGCAUCGGCUUCUUUACGACUAUGGGGAUUUGUCAGCUUGUUUUGUACCUUUCCCAUUAUUCUAGAUUCCUCUCUUGCUGGUAUAUGACUCUGAUGAUUAUGCAGAGGUCUUCGAAAAUGUAUUCGCAAGGUUUGAAACGGCGUUUUGAAAGUGUUUUACAAGCUAAGUUCAUUAUUUUAAUGAUAGCAAUAUUUGCUGGUGUUGGUUUCCUCUAUGUCACCUGGACACACGGUGUCGUGGAUAAUCCGCUUCGAUGUACAAUUUUACCAGAAAAUGAAGCACAAAUACAACUCUUGAAGAAAAUUGAACUCUUUUUUUCUUUCAUCUUUCCAUGGAUAGUUUCUUGUGUCUUCCUUUUAAUUCAUCUGUUGAAGAAUUGCAUGUGCUACAAGUGGUGCUUUGCUGAUAUGAUACAAACAAAGAUUGAAGCACAGGGUAAUGCAAUGCUGGCCAACUUUAUAGGUGGUUCUGUUAAAACAAAAUGGAGUGUCCGCACUUUUGAUCAUGUUGAGACACCUUCUCCCACUGUAAUGGAUACUGCCAUGAAUAUUUCCUGUAUUUUUGUUGCUACAUUUUACCUCUUAUCCAGUUUACCAUACAUGAUUAUCAAGAUAAGAAUAUCUUAUAUGAGUGAAGCUUAUAAGUCACUCCUGCCACUUUACAAGAGUCUCUACUUAUUAAACUUUGUUGUCAAAUUUUUUGUUUACUUGUCCAUUCCUGAAUUUAGGAAAGCAAUAACUCGAGCGUUCGGUGGGUUACAUGGAAACAAAUCUGAAAAGGAAAUGACUCAACGAUCGGUAUUCUUUCCUCGAGUCAGCAAUAAAACCCGAAUAUUAGAUACAACUGACCUAUAGAGGUAUUAACUAUUUCCUAUAAUUUCAAGGUCAAAUAAAGUGAACGUUAACUUAAUUAUAAUCGUCAUUCUUGAGUAAAACCAUCAGAUAAUUAUUUAUGAAUACCUUGUAACCAAACUCCUUUUUUUAAUUUCGAUUUAGUAGAAAAAAGUUUCCCUCGGUUGUGUUGUAUCACAUCACAUGUUGAAAAUAAAGAAACAAUUAUCGCUCACUAUGAUUUUUCGUUACUGGAGAAUAUUCUUCUAUUUCACUAUAAAUAAGCCAUAAUGAGUAGUAUAAGGAUCCUCGAGUGCACAGAUUCUAAUUCUUUCAAAGAAAAAUUGGAACCGUGAUCUAUGGAUUUCUGACAUAUAUUUUGUUUAUGUUAUGAGGUAUAUAUUUAGAAACCUGUGACUAUCUAAUAUGCACUGGCAACCAGAUUUCAUGAAAGCGAUUUUAAUGGGAAUAUAAACAAACACACUCAAAAUUAUUCAUGAAUGUUAUAAAUCUCAAUAAAGUUUACCUCAUCAAUUGGAUAACAUUUAUCAAUUUAUCCUCGCCAUAUUUACAAUAAAUUUUCAGCGUAAUAUCGCAACGAUUUAUAACAAAUAUUAAUAAGACAUAUAUUGCUACUAAAGUUUAAAAAAAAAAGACUAUGUAUCACUAUACCUAUUAAAACGGGAAAUAUGUUACUACAAAAGAGAUAUGUAUUUUUUCAAGAUGAGAAUAUUUUCCUCUUAUUUUAAGGAUUUGUGAUGAGCAAUAACAUUUUAUUGAUUUACCUCCACUGAAAAAUAUCAAAUUUAACCAAAACUCUGAACCAUUUCACCGCAUUUCGUCAACAUUUGUAAAAAUUCCUGAUAUUCGAUUCGAAUUGAUUUUUUUUUUUUUUGACAUGUUUAUGACAUCAAAACCUCUGAAAUAUCAUGAAACAUCUUUAAUUCGCUGUCCAGUGUCUGGAAACUUGACAUUAUAUUUUCUUUUGAACAUAUUCCAAAGAUCCUGUUUUCAAAGUUGCGUGAGAACACAAAGAAUGUUCAACUGUUACAGUUUCUCCCUUACUCUUACGUUCUAUUAUAUUACAUAUUUUUGCUUAAGUAACAUCUGUGCAUUGUGUAUUGUGUAGACUUAUCUUUCCGCUAGAACUACACAAGUUAAUUGUAUACUACAUCAAACAACUUAUCUGUAUCCAGUCAAUUCCGACAAUCAAUACUGCGUUACAGGUUUACAUAUAUUUUUAUUUAAUUCCCUUCCUUUGUGGGACUUGCAACAUUUCAGCGAAAAUAUCGUUUUAAUUUUUCCUGAUCUUCUGUAAAAGCCGUUGAACCAUACACCGAGAUCUUCGCCAGCAUUAAAUGUAAUAUAAAUACUCUAGUCAUCAAUAUCUUUAUGCUUCAAAAUGAUCUUUUUAUGUGCAACCGAACUUUAAAAGAAAAGUAAAUUUAAAUACCUGAAGGAAUAACUAUGAAUAUAAGUUUUCUUUUCUGGGUCAUAUCUUUUAGAAUAUGGCGUUACUUUUUGAUAAACAGAAACAUGUAAACUUGGAUCAAAUUUUAGUUCUAUAUUUGUAGUAGAAUAAACACAAUAUUUUAUAAGCAGAAUAUAGGAUGGUAAUGAUUUUAGUCAAAACACACAAUCUAAACAUUUAAAGUGACUAAGUGGAUGAGAUUGGUUUGUUCGUCGCCAGGAAUUCAAAUCCACCGCAGGAUUCUUGUUUUCUUUCUGGGUAGGAUUCCUGAGAUUACGUUCUUCAAUUCACCUGGCUCUGGUAAAAAAUAUUUUGGCUAAUCGGCAGAAGAAAAAGGGAACCUAUUCCACCAUAAUUUUCCUCAACAGAUCAUUUAAUAAAGAAAACAAUAAUCAUAUUCCACUGCAAAUGGCUAUCUAUGUAUGGUAAUAAUAUGGCUAGCCAUAUCAUUACCAUACAUUUCGUAGCUCCAUAUCACGAUAAAUGUUCAGUUCAGGCACAAUAAAUCACAGAACCAAACUUAUAAGUCCACUCAGAUUUUUGCCAAAAGUAAACUUAUUUCUUUCCAAUGCUAGAUACAAAAUCUAUAUUAUUUGUCGAAUUUUGUUAAAUUUUAAUUGACUUCAGUAUAUGUAGCGUUAUGUUCUAUGGUUUUCAUUAGUCGCUUCAAUUAUUUUUUAUAGUGCGUUUUGUUUUCCUUUUUUGUAUAUUUAUUAUACCAUAUAUUCAUAUUGUAUGUACAAUUAAUUCACUUAUUAAAUUGAUCAGUUAAUAUUUACAUAUUUUUCAUGUAUGAAUAUUAUCUAAAUUUACAAAACUAAAUCUCCUGAGGGUAAUACAUGUUUCAUCAGUGAUCAGUGAUAUUUUCAAAUUCAAAUUGAUCUUUCAGAUGUAAAUAAUGAGGCGGAAAAAUACAGAUGUAUGUCUGCAAUAUGUGUGGGCAUGUGUGUUCGCGCGGACGUCAAUAUGUGUGCAUAUCGGUGUUUUACAUGCAUCUAUAAAUAUUCGUUUCAAAUUUUGGCACAAGGCCAACAAUCUCGGAGGAGGGGGUUUAAGUCGAUUAUAUUGUCCCAGGUGCUUCACUACUUGUACCUAUUUUAAAGAGCUCGAAUGGAUGAAAGGCAAAGUCGACCCCAAUGACAUUUGAACUCAGAACGUCAAGUCGGAAGAAUGCCACUAAGCAUUUUGUCCGGUGCAGUAACAAUUCUGCCAUCUC